UCGCCUGCCCAUCUCUCCCAAAACUUUUUCUGCAUUGAAAUUCGCAAUCUUUUAUCGAGCAAUCAAAACCCAUCUUUUACUCUGAUUUCCUGCGUUUUUUCUCCUAUAUUUCAAUCCCCGAAUACUUUCCUUGACCUGAGAAUCAAUUAAAUCUCCUAACCCUUUUGUCUCGCGAUCCGAAGUUAAAAGAUUUCGAGCUUUUACCCCCUUUUUCCAUGGCAGAAUUGGAAGAUAUUGGAGCUGAUAUUAGUUCCGACAUUGAAGUUGACGACUUAAGGUGUGAAAAUAUAGCGGAGAAAGAUGUCAGUGACGAAGAGAUUGAAGCUGAUGAAUUGGAGAGACGGAUGUGGAAAGAUCGUAUCAAACUCAAAAGGAUUAAGGAAAGACAGAAGAUAAUGGCCCAACAGGCUGCGGAAAAGCAAAAGUCGAAGAAGACCUCUGAUCAAGCUCAGAGGAAGAAAAUGUCCCGAGCUCAAGACGGGAUUCUUAAGUACAUGUUGAAGCUAAUGGAAGUUUGCAAAGCCCGGGGAUUUGUAUAUGGCAUCAUUCCAGAGAAGGGUAAGCCUGUAAGUGGUUCGUCCGAUAAUCUAAGAGCUUGGUGGAAAGAAAAGGUAAAGUUCGAUAAGAAUGGGCCUGCAGCCAUAGCCAAGUAUGAGGCGGACUGUUUAGCUAUGAGCGAGUCCGGUGAUGGUAGAAAUGGAAAUCAACAUACCAGUCUCAAAGACCUGCAAGAUGCUACUCUUGGAUCCCUCUUGUCUUCUUUGAUGCAGCACUGUGAUCCCCCUCAGAGGAAGUAUCCGUUAGAAAAGAGAAUUCCUCCGCCUUGGUGGCCUACUGGAAACGAAGAUUGGUGGGUACCACUAGGGCUUCAACAGGGUCAAAGUCCUCCUUAUAAGAAGCCACAUGAUCUUAAGAAGAUGUGGAAAGUUGGAGUGUUAACAGCCGUGAUAAAGCACAUGUCGCCUGAUACUGCCAAGAUCCGGAGGCAUGUACGUAAGUCAAAAUGUUUACAGGAUAAGAUGACAGCAAAGGAGAGUGCAAUUUGGUUGGGGGUCUUGAGCCGAGAGGAACCUCUGAUUCGGCAACCUAUCAGUGAUAAUGGAACAUCUGGCUUAACUGAAAUGCCCCGAGGUGGACAUGGUGAUAAGAAUCAACCUGCUCUCAGUAGUGACAGUGAUUAUGAUGUUGAUGGUGUUGAUGAUGGAGUAGGUUCGGUCUCUUCCAAAGAUGAGCAGAGAAAUCAACCGAUCGUUGUCGAGCCUGUGGCUUAUAUUAGCAACGAUGAUUCACAUCCAUUACAGCACAAUGAGCAAGUGGAAAAACAACCUAGGAGGAAGAGACCUCGUUUAAGAUCAAGUGAUGGUCAUAAAGAACGCAUGCCAAACCAUGGUAAUCAACAACCUAUGCCAACCCAUGGAGAUCAACUACCUAUGCCACCAAACCAUGAUGGACGUGUAAAUACCGAGUCAAUAAGCACUUUGCCUGACAUCAACCAAACCGAUGCAUCAUUCAUGGAAUAUCAUAUGCCUGACACUCAGCGGGAAAAUGAUGCAAGUACAGCAGCAUUAAGACAUGUGGAGGAAAGUUUAGAUGUUCAGCCACAUCUACCCGCAAAUGGAUACUGCCGUUAUCCUGCCAUUCCUUGUUCUACUGAGAUUUCCACACAGAGCAUGUAUGUAGAUGGAAGGCCCAUGCUCUAUCCAUUGGUGCAACAUGCUGAGCUGCACCAUGGUGCUACAUGUGAGUUUUAUCUUCCUUCGACCGAAUUUAGGCCCGGUAAUGAUGGUCAUCAAACUCAUAUGGAGAUGAUUGUACCAACGGAUGUUAGGCCAGAGAAUGGUUUUGAUGUGUCAGCACAGGUUAGAAAUGAACAUGAAAUUGCUGGGGGAGAAUUGCAUCACCUAUUGCAUAAUGAGAAUGAGCAAGACAGAGCUGUUCAUAAUCUCUUUGCUUCUCCAACAAACGAUCCUUCAUUUUUUGGUGGAUUCCACAGCCCCUUUGAGCUCCCAUUUGAUGGUACAAGUUCACUAGAUGAACUACUGGACGAUGACUUGAUACAGUACUUUGGUGCUUAGGUUGGGAAAUUUGAGAUUCCAGAGAAUAGAUUUCAAUUCUGCAGGAACUGCAAAACGUAUGCAUUCGUUACUGACUUGGACGGAGGAAUUUCUCUUAUUAAUUUGUUAUUCCUCUACAGGUGUUAAAUAAUUUGAACAUUCAAUGACUGCUAGUCAUGUUCAUCUUGUUUCAAAGUAGGAAAACAAAAACAUUACUUUUUUUAUCAUAUUCCCAGCUACCCCUGAAUGGUAAUUGCCAUGAAAGGGUUUAUGUCAAUGUCCGAGUUCUAGGAAGUGUACAUACCACAAACUAGUGAUAUUUCUGUGUUUUCGUUGGACAAAAUAAUUC